GUCAUCCAAAAUAUAAGUGUGUUGUUAAUCGAGAAAAGAGCUUAACAAACUUUGAUGUUAUUGUUGAUGGGGAGCCGAUAGAGAAAUUGAAUAAUACUUUUGAUUUUCCUUGGUGCGGAAUUCUUAUUCAUACAUCUACGUUGAAUUGCAAAGUUGAUUGUAUGCGAUAUGGCUUUUCACACAUUGCAGAUACUUUAACGGUCAAGACAUCAAGGAAUCCUGGUGAAGCAUUAAAACAGAAGAUGAUUGAGCUUGGCAUGCAUGCAUUUUAUCGUAUACUUUCUCGGAAGCAGUCAUAUCAUAAACGACUUUUGGAAUACCUGAAGCCCAAAAUCUUCAAUUCACCAAUGAAUAAAGUCAAGCAGUUGAGGACGGCC